AUGAACCGCCCAGGAAGUCAGACCGACGAAAUUGGGUCGGAAAGGAUCCAGAAGAUCAUUGAGGAUAUGGUUAAAGUCAUGAGGAAGGCUCCUGGGUUGGCCUUGCCUGCUGCCCCAGAUUGGAAUUCAUUAAAGCAGAUAAUUGUAUUGGAAGAUACUAAAGAGUAUAUAAGUUAUGCUCCUAAGGAUGACAUUAAAGCACAAGACAGGCGGCCCUUUGAACUUUUGGUUAUUAUUAAUCCAAAGCUUAAAAAGAAGGGGAAAAAAGCUGCAUUAUUUUUUGAAGGCUGUUUAAGUGUUGACGGAUUCAGAGCUGUUGUGGAACGUUACCUAGAGGUAGAAGUUACAGGAUUGAAUCAAUCUGGCCAACCAAUCAAAAUUGAUGCUUCAGGCUGGCAAGCUCGAAUUUUGCAGCAUGAGUGUGACCAUCUAGAUGGUACUCUGUAUGUCGACAAGAUGGUUCCAAGAACGUUUAGAACUGUAGAAAACUUGGACCUACCACUUGCUACUGGAUGUCCAAAAUUGGGCGUGCGCUUGCUCUCUUAGUUAAAUGCUUCUGUGGAUUCUUUUUGAGUUUUCAUCUGUUAUCUUGGAUAAAAUGGUUCAGAGUUAGAGUUGAUUUAUCUAUUACCGCUUACCAGUAGAAUGAGAUUUUAUGUACUCCGUGAAGUUUUGGAAAUAGUAAUACUGAGAUGUUAAACAUGGGUUUUCAGCUGCUGUUGCACGAUAUGCUUGACAGCAACUUUGGCAGUUAGGGGGAAAGAGUAUGGCUUGGAGAAGAGGAUUUAGACAAUUUACUGUACAAAAAUUCUAUAAAAUGCAUUUACGAUGUAUAGUGCAUUGAUGAA